CCUUUUAACUGCAAUAAUUUCAGUUUUAAACAAUGUCUGAUGGAAGUGGUUUGCAGGAAGGACCUGGAUCAGAUGGAAGAGCAGAGGAAGGAGGAGAAUCUAAAACGAGUUACUUAUACAGAGGAAGAGGAAGAAUAACAGGAGGAACAAGUAGGGGAAGAGGAAAAAGGGAAAACGAUGAAGGAGAAUCAAGCAGAGGAGGCGGAGAAAGGGGAAAGGGAAGAGGAGGAAUGGAUAAUAAAGAUGGAGGAGAAUCAAGUGGAGCAGGUGGAGGAAGGGGAAGAGGAAGAGGAUCAAGUGGAAGGGGAAUAUCAUAUAGAGAAGACGGAGGAACAACAAGAGAAAGAUCAAAUGGAGGAGGUGGCGGAACUGGAAGAGGAAAAAUCUAUAAAGUAUCUGAAGAAGGAAGAAGAAAAACAGGAGAAACAGGACAAGGAAGAUCAAACGGACGAGGACAAGCAAAGGGAAGGGUAAAUCAAAAUAAGGGAACAGAAAUAUCAAAUAAAGGAACAAAAGGAAAGAGAUCGGAUAAAGAAGAUAAAGGAAUGUCUAGAAGAGACAGUAAAAAGGAAAGAGAAGGGUCGGCUGGAGGACCUGGAGGAAGCAUAAGAACAUUAGUUGGACGACUUUUGACAGGAAGAUUUGACGAUGGAGGAGGAAUUAAGAUAAGUGGAGAUGAAGGAGUUCAAAGCAGAUUUGAUAAAACAGAUACGAGAGAAAAAGUUAAAACGAGUUGGCCAUUUGAGACCUCCGCUAUCGGAGGAAAAGGAGAAAUAAGCUCCGCUGUUGGAGGAAAAGGAAAAAUAAGCUCCACUGUCGGAGUAAAAGGAGAAAUAAGCUCCGCUGAUGGAGGAAAAAGAGAAAUAUGCUUAGCUGUUGGAGAAAAAGGAGAAAUGAGCUCUGUUGUCGGAGAAAAAGGAGAAAUAAGCUCCGCUGCCGGAGGAAGUACUAAAACUACCAGAAGAGAACUGAAGAUUACGAAGAAGAUUGUUAAGGAACCGUAUUACAAGCGGGACAGAGUUGUCCGGAAACCGCCGCCAACUACAGAACUGAUAGACAAGAGUACAAGCAAGUUUAUGGCAGUUUGGAAAAGACGACGUCUCCGCAGGUAUCAAUUUAAGGCUAAACGAACCCUACGCCGAAAGAAAAAAACUUACAGAACUGAGUGGAAGGUGCGGAACAAGUUUGGUAUCCGAGAAUGUAAUUAUCAAGUCACAAAAUGGAGGUUCAUUCUAAACUCAGAUCAGGUUUAA